GAAGUGAGUCUAGUCAGGGGUCUCGCUGGCCGCCGUAGGCGUGCUGUCCGUGCCGGCGGUGCUGGCGUUGUGUCGCCUCUAUAACCCCCCGUGGUAGUUCCUUCUGAGCAUCCAGAAAGAGCAAGCUCCAGAUGGACCCUGGGAAGGACGAGGAAAGUCGGCCACAGCCCUCAGGACCACCCACCAGGAAGAAGUUUGUUAUCCCUCUGGAGGAAGACGAGGUGCCGUCUGCAAGAGUCAAGCCCUUAUUCAGCUUGUCACGGAACCCUGCUGCCCAGGCAUCCUCCGCUCACGCAGCCCCUCAGACGUAUGCUGAGUAUGCUAUUGCUCAGCCUCCAGGAGGGGCUGGGGCCGCAGUGCCCACAGGCUCUGAACCUGCGACGGGAGAGAACCCCAGCCAGACCCUGAAGACAGGAGCAAAAUCCAAUACCAUCAUCGUGAGCCCGCGGCAGAGGGGCAACCCCGUGUUGAAAUUUGUGCGCAAUGUGCCCUGGGAAUUCGGUGAGGUGGUUCCUGAUUACGUGCUGGGCCAGAGCACCUGCGCCCUUUUCCUCAGCCUCCGCUACCACAACCUCCAUCCAGACUACAUCCACGAACGGCUGCAGAGCCUGGGGAAGAACUUUGCCCUGCGUGUGCUACUGGUCCAAGUGGAUGUGAAAGAUCCGCAGAAGGCUCUUAAAGAGCUGGCUAAGAUGUGCAUCUUGGCUGACUGCACCCUAAUCCUGGCCUGGAGUGCAGAGGAAGCAGGGCGGUACCUGGAGACCUACAAGGUCUAUGAGCAGAAGCCCGCCGACCUCCUUAUGGAAAAACUGGAACAGAACUUCCUGUCCCGGGCCACUGAGUGUCUGACCACCGUGAAAUCUGUGAACAAGACCGACAGCCAGACACUCCUGGCUACAUUUGGAUCCCUGGAACAGCUUAUCACUGCAUCAAAGGAGGAUCUAGCCUUGUGCCCGGGCCUGGGCCCCCAGAAGGCCCGCAGGCUCUUUGAAGUACUACAUGAACCCUUCCUCAAAGUGCCUCGAUGACCCGCUGCCACCGAUGCCCAGUGUCACAAUAAAGCAUUUGCAUGCCCAGG